GUCAGCUGACGCUGGGGGCGGGUGGGGGAAUCUGGCCGGAAAUCCCUCUUCCUGUUGCAGAUAAGCCCAGCUUAGCCCAGCUGACCCCAGACCCUCUCCCCUCACUCCCCCCAUGUCGCAGGAUCAAGACCCUGAGGCAGACAGCCCGUUCACCAAGCCCCCCGCCCCGCCCCCAUCACCCCGUAAACUUCUCCCAGCCUCCGCCCUGCCCUCACCCAGCCCGCUGUUCCCCAAGCCUCGCUCCAAGCCCACGCCACCCCUGCAGCAGGGCAGCCCCAGAGGCCAGCACCUAUCCCCAAGGCUGGGGUCGAGGCUCGGCCCCGCCCCUGCCCCUGCAACUUGAGCCUGGCUGCGACCCCUGCUCUGACGUCUCGGAAAAUUCCCCCUUGCCCAGGCCCUUGGGGGAGGGGGGUGCAUGGUAUGAAAUGGGGCUGAGACCCCCGGCUGGGGGCAGAGGAACCCGCCAGAGAACAUUCAGAAGGCCUUCAUCGCAUCCAUGGACCUGUGGAACUGGGAUGAGGCACCCCCACAGGAAGUGCCUCCAGGGAACAAGCUGGCAGGGCUUGAAGGAGCCAAAUUAGGCUUCUGUUUCCCUGAUCUGGCACUCCAAGGGGACACGCCGACAGCGACAGCAGAGACAUGCUGGAAAGGUACAAGCUCAUCCCUGGCAAGCUUCCCACAGCUGGACUGGGGCUCCGCGUUACUGCACCCAGAAGUUCCAUGGGGGGCGGAGCCCGACUCUCAGGCUCUUCCGUGGUCGGGGGACUGGACAGACAUGGCGUGCACAGCCUGGGACUCUUGGAGCGGCGCCUCGCAGACCCUGGGCCCCGCCCCUCUCGGCCCGGGCCCCAUCCCCGCCGCCGGCUCCGAAGGCGCCGCGGGCCAGAACUGCGUCCCCGUGGCGGGAGGGGCUACCUCGUGGUCGCGCGCCCAGGCCGCCGGGAGCAACACCAGCUGGGACUGUUCUGUGGGGCCGGACGGCGAUACCUACUGGGGCAGUGGCCUGGGCGGGGAGCCGCGCACGGACUGUACCAUUUCGUGGGGCGGGCCCGCGGGCCCGGACUGUACCACCUCCUGGAACCCGGGGCUGCAUGCGGGUGGCACCACCUCUUUGAAGCGGUACCAGAGCUCAGCUCUCACCGUUUUCUCCGAACCGAGCCCGCAGUCGGACCGUGCCAGUUUGGCUCGAUGCCCCAAAACUAACCACCGAGGUCCCAUUCAGCUGUGGCAGUUCCUCCUGGAGCUGCUCCACGACGGGGCGCGUAGCAGCUGCAUCCGUUGGACUGGCAACAGCCGCGAGUUCCAGCUGUGCGACCCCAAAGAGGUGGCUCGGCUGUGGGGCGAGCGCAAGAGAAAGCCGGGCAUGAAUUACGAGAAGCUGAGCCGGGGCCUUCGCUACUACUAUCGCCGCGACAUCGUGCGCAAGAGCGGGGGGCGAAAGUACACGUACCGCUUCGGGGGCCGCGUGCCCAGCCUAGCCUAUCCGGAAUGUGCGGGAGGCGGACGGGGAGCAGUGACACAAUAAAAAUUCUCGGUCAAACCUC